GGCUGACCCGCGCGGGAUGUGACCCCCCUGCACCCCGCGUCCCCGGGGAGGUCCGCCUUGCCGGCUUUUGGCUGGGGGGCGGGUGGGGAGCGGCGCGCGGAUCAUGGCAUUGGAGUUCCCGGGCUUGCAGCCGCCGCCGCCGCCUCGUCCACGCAGCCCGGGCGCCCCUUCCUCCCGGAGCAGCAGCCGAGAAGGCGCCGCGGCCGGCGGGGGCGAGGCCGAUGGGGCUCAAGGCGCGCAGGGCGGCGGGGGCGGCCGGCGGCGGGGGCGGGGGCGGGGGCGGCGGCGGGGGCGGCGGCGGGGCGGCUAACCCGGCCGGGGGGGGCGCGGCGGCGGCGGGCGACGAGGAGCGCAAAGUGGGGCUGGCGCCGGGCGACGCGGAGCAAGUCACCUUGGCGCUCGGGGCCGGGGCGGACAAAGACGGGACCCUGCUGCUGGAGGGCGGCGGCCGCGACGAGGGGCUGCGGAGGACCCCGCAGGGCAUCGGGCUCCUGGCCAAGACCCCCCUGAGCCGCCCGGUCAAGAGGAACAACGCCAAGUACCGGCGCAUCCAAACUUUGAUCUACGACGCCCUGGAGAGACCGCGGGGCUGGGCGCUGCUGUACCACGCGCUCGUGUUCCUCAUUGUCCUGGGAUGCUUGAUUCUGGCCGUGCUGACCACGUUCAGGGAGUACGAGACUGUUUCGGGAGACUGGCUGCUGUUACUGGAAACAUUUGCUAUUUUCAUCUUUGGAGCGGAGUUUGCUUUGAGGAUCUGGGCUGCCGGAUGUUGCUGCCGCUACAAAGGCUGGCGGGGAAGGCUGAAGUUUGCCAGGAAGCCCCUGUGCAUGCUCGACAUCUUCGUGCUAAUCGCCUCUGUGCCCGUGGUUGCCGUGGGAAACCAGGGCAAUGUGCUGGCCACCUCCCUGCGCAGCCUGCGCUUCCUGCAGAUCCUGCGGAUGCUGCGGAUGGACCGCCGGGGAGGCACGUGGAAGCUUCUGGGCUCGGCCAUCUGCGCCCACAGCAAAGAGCUCAUCACCGCCUGGUACAUUGGGUUCCUGACGCUCAUCCUUUCUUCAUUUCUUGUCUACCUGGUUGAGAAAGAUGUGCCAGAGGUUGAUGCACAAGGAGAAGAGACGAAGGAGGAAUUUGAGACCUACGCAGAUGCCCUUUGGUGGGGCCUGAUCACGCUGGCCACCAUCGGCUACGGAGACAAGACGCCCAAAACAUGGGAAGGCCGCCUGAUUGCAGCCACCUUCUCCUUAAUCGGCGUCUCCUUUUUUGCCCUUCCGGCAGGCAUCCUGGGGUCCGGGCUGGCUCUCAAGGUGCAGGAACAGCAUCGGCAGAAGCACUUUGAGAAAAGAAGGAAGCCGGCUGCAGAGCUCAUUCAGGCUGCCUGGAGGUAUUAUGCUACCAACCCCAAUAGGAUUGAUCUUGUGGCGACAUGGAGGUUCUAUGAAUCAAUCGUCUCUUUUCCAUUCUUCAGGAAAGACCAGCUGGAAGCAGCAGCCAGCCAAAAGCUGGGUCUCUUGGAUCGGGUUCGCCUUUCUAAUCCUCGUGGUAGCAAUACUAAAGGAAAGCUAUUUACCCCUCUGAAUGUAGAUGCCAUAGAAGAAAGUCCUUCUAAAGAACCAAAGCCUGUGGGCUUAAACAAUAAAGAACGUUUCCGCACCGCCUUCCGCAUGAAAGCCUACGCUUUCUGGCAGAGCUCUGAAGAUGCUGGGACAGGCGAUCCCAUGGCAGAAGACAGGGCCUACGGAAAUGAUUUCCUCAUCGAAGAGAUGAUCCCUACCCUGAAGGCCGCCAUCCGAGCCGUCAGAAUUCUACAAUUCCGUCUCUAUAAAAAAAAAUUCAAGGAGACUUUGAGGCCUUACGACGUGAAGGAUGUGAUUGAGCAAUAUUCUGCAGGACAUCUCGACAUGCUUUCCAGGAUAAAGUACCUUCAGACGAGAAUAGACAUGAUUUUCACCCCAGGACCUCCGUCCACCCCAAAACAUAAGAAGUCUCAGAGAGGGGCAGCGUUCACCUACCCAUCCCAGCAAUCUCCCAGGAAUGAACCGUAUGUAGCCAGAGCAUCCACAUCGGAAAUUGAAGACCAAAGCAUGAUGGGGAAGUUCGUCAAAGUCGAAAGACAGGUUCAUGACAUGGGGAGGAAACUGGACUUCCUCGUGGACAUGCACAUGCAGCACAUGGAAAGGCUGCAGGUGCACGUCACUGAGUACUACCCGACCAAGGGGACCUCCUCGCCCGCCGAAGUGGAGAAGCUAGAGGACACCAGAGAUUCCGACUUGAAAACCAUCAUCUGCAAUUACUCUGAGACGGGGCCCCCCGAGGCCCCCUACAGCUUCCACCAGGUGCCCCUCGACAAAGUCGGCCCCUAUGGGUUUUUUGCCCACGACCCAGUGAACCUGCCCCGAGGAGGACCCAGUUCUGGGAAUGUUCCAGCGACGCUCUCCUCCUCGGCAGCAACGUAUGCAGAAAGGCCCACCGUCCUGCCUAUCUUGACUCUUCUCGACUCCCGAGUGAGCUACCACUCCCAGGCUGAACUGCACGGGCCCUGUUCAGACCGAGUCUCCCCCCGGCACAGACGGAGCCUCACGCGGGACAGUGACACGCCCCUGUCCCUGAUGUCGGUCAACCACGAGGAGCUGGAGCGGUCCCCAAGUGGCUUCAGCAUCUCCCAAGACAGAGACGAUUACGUGUUUGGCCCGAGCGGGGGGUCAAGCUGGAUGAGGGAGAAACGUUACCUCGCCGAGGGUGAGACAGACACGGACACGGACCCCUUCACCCCCAGCGGCUCCAUGCCUCUGUCAUCCACAGGGGAUGGAAUUUCUGAUUCAGUAUGGACCCCUCCCAACAAGCCCAUUUAAAAGGGGUCGUGGGCUGAAUCCUCCUGUAAUGUAGACAGACUUUGUAUAGCUCACUUGCUCUCACACUCAACACUUAACAGUGAGAUCACCAGUGGCUGCACCAAACACAUGCAUGUGCGCGGCAGCCCCCGACCCGGGCAGGGGCUUUUCACGGCCUUCCUCCUCCCCAGGUCACCACAGUGAAGCCGCUUCCUUUUCAGCAUGGUUUGCAUGACUUUACAAUAUAUAAAUGGUACCGCUAAUCUCUUCUAGGAUACACAUUUAUCUGCUGUUCUUACUUUAAAUCAUGAUUGGACCGGGACGGGGAGAAAUUAUUGACGAGCUGUGCUCUAUUUGGUUGGCUGCUUUGGGUUUUGGUUUGGUUGGUAAGCAGGGAAUGUAGUUUAAGUUCUUUCUCGAACCACUGCCCCUUUGUGUAAAACAGACCAGUGAUUAGCUGUUCUCUAUAGCAAGCAAAGAGUUUGCGAACGAAAAUGCAUUGCAUAUCGAAGAGGUGGCCAACAGAGCUAAAACGCUAGGAAAGGAACAAAAUCGUUAUCGCCUAUCCAAAACCAAGAAUAUUUUUAGAUCAUUUUCUUUGGGAAAAACUAGCAAAACCAUCUAAAAGCUCUCAAAGGGACCUCACUUGGUCUGCCAUUGUCUGUAUCCUUCCUGUUCCCUCAUCCGUGGUAAUCCCAAGUGUAGCAUUUCUACUGAGUUAUGAAUUGGAGAGGAGAAAACAUACACACACACACACACACACACGCACACACACGCACACACAAGUUCAAAUAGUUUCCAAUAUAUGUAGCCAAAGAUGAUUAAAUUUAUCAGAAGUAGGGUGCCCUUCUGGGCAAGAGCUAAGAUCAGUGCCUUCAAAAUGAGGUUUCAACUCACAUUCCUCCCCAUGCUACUUGUACAAAAUAUCCAUCUCAAAAGAAAAUUAGAAACCAGAAAUUAUCUGGUCCAAGUUCUUCUUUGUAAAAAUGAGAAACCUUUGGCUCAGGUAGAGACAAGCCCGGGGUCACAUCAUCGUCCCCUAGAGAGCUGGGACUCAAAGUCCAGUUGGCCAACUUGCUCCAUGCCCUGGUCUUCUCCUCUCACACCACUCUGCCCUUUAUACACUGGGACCCAGAAAUUGUACCAAGAUACCUGAACUGUGUCAUGUGGAAAACACCCACAAUACAAUAUAUCCAGUAAGAGGGGGCUGUUGGCUUUUACUGUAAAACAUGCUUGCCUGCCGCAUUUCAUUUUGGAUCGAGGGGAAACAAGAAAACAAACACUGCAAGCAAGCAAGCUACAACAUUUAUUAAUAUGCAAAUGGCAAAAUUUUCAGAAUCAUCCAAUUUUACUCCUCCAGAUUUUUUAAACCACACAUAGCCAGAAGAUUAGCCAAAGUAUAAGCAGAACCCCCACCCCCCGCCCUGGAAAGCACUGCCCUAGUGAAUAAGUAUUAAUAUUAAGCACAAGCCAUCCUGCGGCCUCUUACAAGGUGUCACUACCCUUUGAAACACUUUGAAGGAAAAGGUUUCUGUUAGGCUUGGGCUAGAUUAGCUACAUUAUGAUGCCACAACAUCACCGUCUUGCUCUUAUCCCACAUCUAAGCAUUGGUUGUGGAUGGUUGCCAUGGUGACCAUCAAGAUGAUCAACAGGGCCUUGUCUACACACAAAUGGCACUGAUAUUCUCCUCACAGUCUUGUCAAGAGCUGUGGUAGCUAUGGCAGUGAUCUGGCUGCUGGUUUCAUCAUGAUCUGAAGCAGGAGCCUUGUACUUUGUUGGAAGGAAGAACUAGUUUCUCAGAUUUUGAUUCCUUUCAGGCCACAUGUCAAUGGUACAUUGAUAAUGAAGGUGUGGUCCCCAACUUUAGAAAUGCACAACCAAGCCCUGCCAUCUCUGGCCCAGGGUAGGCAUUGUGAGAGGUAGACAGCAUUUUACAUGGAGAAUCUUACAAAUAGAGAGGAGUUGGCUCUAGCAUCUAAGGUGGGAAAUACACAAGAAUGAUCACACAAUUCAGACAUGAACCCUCCUCCCUACAGCUUGCCAUUUGACCUUCUAGCAAUCUGAAGGGCAAAAGGAAUGGAUCAUAUGCAUGAAAGUGCCAUUGGAAUUAAUGACCCAAGAAACCCUAUGCCCCUUCCUUAGGGCUUGGUUCUUGCUUCUGACCCUCCUGGAAUCUUUUACUACAAGUGGUUGAGCUACCUAUCAUCUCACAUGUGACUAAUGUUUUUCUUUAUGUACAUGAGACAAAACAAAAAAAAAUGGAGAAUGAAUCAAACUCUCCACAUACGCACCAAUUAUUUUUACCUACCUUAUUAGGAUUCUUACAGAACUGACUGGCCUCAGUAUCUUACCAAUAGAUGCAUUUGCCAGGAACCCAGUGGAGUUCUCAGAUGGACAAGUGAGACUUUCCCAACUUCAAGCUAAAAAUAGUUACCAUGGAUCCAAAGUUAGAGGACUCCCUUAGGUUCUUUUAAAAACCUAUGACGGGUAAGUGCUUGUAUUAUUUCUUAAACCAUAGGAGGGCAGUCUAGUCUCCCCUGCUGGAUGAUAAGGCCAGGAUGACAGGGAUUGGCUUUGUGUCAAUUAUCAUCCUGUCUCCAACAUAUAGUAAGCUGUCAUUACCAGUACAGACAAAGACAAAAUAUACAUUUCAUGAAUGAUAAGACAUUUUUAAGAGCUGUUCUUUCCCAUUUAAGUAACAGAGAGAGAAAAUGAUCUAGAAUAUUCUGCUUUGAUAUUCCUUAAAAAAAAAAAAAAAAGUCAUUCCAAAGAAGCAAGCCAAAUCUGUUCAAGUUGCCUGCUCACAGGCAGCAUCAGCAGCAUGGCUAGCAUUGAUGAAGCAGAAAUUCCAGGUGGAGGAUUGAACUUAAGUUAUGUGCUUCCACAAAGAUCUUUUUGUCAGAUGAAAGAACAGCAUGAUGGAAGAGUCCAACAGGACUGGUUAAUAAUGUGGCCCAAGAUCAUCCUGCUUCAGAUAUACCAGUGGUCCUGAAGCUGGCUGGGGAAACUUCAAUAGUUUUAAUAGCAUCCCAUGAAAUCAUGGCAAAUUAAUUCCAUCGUAAAAACUAUGAAUGAUGUCCUCAAGCGGAAAUGGAAUCCCAUGAUAGAUAUUCAGUUUCUGUGUAUCAGAAUAUGAUAUAGGAAAACUUUAAGAGGUCAUUCUUUAGAAGGAGCAAAAUGAAUAAGAUAAGGCUAUCUUCCAAAUGUGAGGUGAGAAGUGAUUCUCUUGGGCUAAGAAGAAAGUACUUGAGAUCAAGUGUGCGUUUUGACACCAGCACACAAGCAAACAUGAAGUUUAAGAAAAAGAAUUGUGGGAGGAAAAGAAUAAGAAACAUCAAACUGAGAAAGUUCUAUACAUUGACUAUACUUUUUCUGGGAGCUGAGAACUUGGACUUAGUAGAUAUAACAAUGAUAUAAUGAAGCUCUAGUUUCAAUGGAAGCAUCUGGAAACCACCCCCCCACCACCACCACCAAGAUAUACUCUAGUUCAAGUUGAGCUCCUUUAGUCAACAAUGAAUGCAUUAUGCCUUGCCUAUUUUGUGCAGGGCAGUUCCUAGACACUGUGAGUUAAAAGAAGAAUUACUUGUAGGAAAUCCUAAUAGAAUAGGAUCUAUUUAUAAUUUGCAAGACCAUUCUUCUAAAUCCAUGCCACUCUACUGAGAAUGUAAUAAAAACAUUCAUUUAUGAGAUUUACUAAGCACCAUUGUCUGCUAGGCACUGUGUAACGCACUGGAAAUUCAGAGUUAAAAAACCCACAAUUCCUACCACCAAAAAGCUAGGAUUCUGGUGGCCUCAAAUAUUGGAAGUCCCUUUCAACUAUGUUUACCAAGAAUGGAAAGUAUCUGAUUUUAUCCCUGAAGACAACUACACAGAUAGAAAUGCUUCCUCGCCUAGAAUCAAUCAGUGGGAGAUUCAGCAUGGAGGAAAGUGAGAGCAAGAAUUCUCCAUCAAAAAGAUAAUGACCCCAUCAGCUAAGGGAAGACUGAGUGGUUGGAUGAGAACUUUGAGUUUGGGUCCAGUGCUUUGGACUUUAUAGAUCCAAAUACACUGUGUACAAAGGAAGUUAUGGAGUAUCUGAGAAGGUUCUUGGAAAAAAAAAAAAAAACUAGCUUUCUCCUCCUCUCCAAAUCCCUACAGCGAUCGAACCCAGACAAGAAGCUGGGCUACUUCCAUUUCACUGUGUUGACAAAGAGAGGUUUAUGGUACAAGGCAAGACACAACAUCUAUUUCAAGAAAAGGUGUCACUCUGCCUGUGGGACUCUGCUAAUCGAAUUCUCCUGGAGCAAAAGAAGAAAUCUGUUCAGUGGUUCAAGAAGUUGACUGCACUUUGGACGGUACUGACAAGCACACCUCUGGCCUCCUCCAGAAGAUGCCACACAGCUGGACUUUGUUUUCUGUGAAUAUGCUUCCAAGGACCUUAGGAUUAUAGGGAUUUUCUUUGCUUUCUGAACCCCAGGCAUCUUUAGCAAUUUGCCUCAUGUCCUCACUUGUCCUUGAAGGCUUGCUUAUUUGGAGAUGAACUUCUAAAAAGACUAGAAGUCAUUGCUUUGUAUCCAAGUCACCUAAAGUUUUGGUGUCACUGAUAUUACGCUAUUCAAAACUGAGCCAGUGGUCCCCUAAACAGGCCCCUAACCUGAUGCCCAGGUGAGAAUAUCACCUAGUUAAGGACCAGGCUAUUUCCAUAGCUUUAGUGUUUUGGGAAACCAGCAGUGGGAAUCUCAGAGAGAGACAGGAAGGAUAUAAACAUGACCGGGAUGAAAAUUUGAGUUUCCAGACACUCGGAAGUGUUUGACUUUCCUGAUUUUCAAGUGAGACAAUCGGUAUAUGAAAAGACCUCAAUGCCGUGGUGGCUGGAGACUGUCAAACAUUUUCUUUUUUAAUACUGUGUGUGGAAUCCACUGCCUCAGUCCUCAGUAUUAUUUAUGAACUCCAAAUUUACCCCCAGAAAGUCUUUUUUUUUUUUUCCAAAAGAGUGGUGGAAAUGCCAUCCCAAUUCAGGCACUUUCACAGGGGCUUUUUUCAAAAAGUACAUCUCUAUAAAUGAAAUGAGAAAGGACAGGGAUGUUGGAAUGAAGGUGGCAGGACCCUUGGGUUGCAGUGCCUGGGUUGUGGCCAUUUCACUGGACACAUAAUACCGCAUGUUACACCAUUGUCUCAAAGGAUGAUCUGUAGGAGGCAAUGCCAUGCCAUACCAUGAUGUCUGCCAGACAACAACCUAGCAAUGAAUGGAAAACUUCCAGAAGAAAGAGUUCAAGCUCGCUCAAAGUCUCCCCAGGGAUUUGUUCCCAGCCUCUAACAACCUCAGCUUUGUUAUCCCUGUAGGAAAAUUGUGACUAGUGGCUUGCUUCAUUAUCAUAGAUGCAGGGAGAUACAAUUUCAUAGAUUCAUAGAUGUUCAGAGCAAGAAGAGCCCUUGAUCACCAAGAACAACCACCACUCUUCUUAGAUCAGGAAGCAGAGGCUCAGAAUAAAGGGAAUCAUGUAGUCACUCAGUGGCUAAAUGAGUGACUGGGUGGCAGAGUGAAUAAAGAAAGUAGGUCUUCUAACUUCUGGUCCAGAUAUUGGAGAUUAAAAACUCCAGUAAAAUAGCAACCGAGAAGAAAACAUUGUGGGUCAGUCCAGGAGGUGAACGAGGACUUCCUGGCCCACUCAAGAAACUGCUGAACCAGACACAUUGGUUGGAACUUACUCUCAUCUCUGGAAUAUGAUUGAUCUCAUGCCUUGAAAGGCAAUGUUCCUUCUCCCAAAAUCCUGCUGACCUCAAAAGGUCUGGCACAAACCACUGCUGCCACAGUUAAGAAAAGGAAUAAAGAAGAACCUCAUGGCCAUGCAAGCACUCCCCUCCAUCUCUCGGACCUCUACUGCUUCGUCCCCUCCUGGUCCUGCCAAACCUGGACCAGUUCAGCUCUUUGGCCCAUCACGUGGACUCAUUCAACUCCAGAGCCAUGCCUCAGGGGGGUAUCCUCAUCUAUAAGCCAAUUUACCUGGAUUUUGCCUUGAAAAAAUAGUUUAUGGAUUUGAUUUUAAGAAAUGGGAUGUGAUUUCUUUGGGUAUUGACAUGACCCCAGGUUGGUAGUUCUACUAUGGUGUCCCUUCACAGUGGGAUCUCUGAAUCUCACCUGGGGAUAGCCUUGUUUCUCCUGCUUUGUCUCAGAGAAUGCCCAUCUUGCUUGGUUCACAACUGGUACUCUAGGGUUGUCACCAAAAGCUGUGGAGAAGCAGACAGGAUUCAACUUAAGACAUCCUAUGUUUGUGUAACUGGGAAGUUAUUUUAGAAAGUAAGCAGGCCUCUGUUGGCUCAAAUGAGGAUUAACAUAGUUGUUUUCCACUUACGCUGUGCUUGGGAUAGAAUCACCAGAAUUUGGCAGGGCUCCCCAGUUGCCCUUGCUAAACCCCAUAGAAGGGUGUUCAGGUCUUCUCAGUCAGACUGAACCAGAAAUUCUAAAGCAAAGUCAGAAGGAUGGCAGUAAUUUUAGACUGUCAUUCUACCUGUCUUCUUAGCCUCUAAAUAGCCCUGUUCUGGGGAAAUAAGUAAAAAAUGGGCUCUAUUUAAGAAUAACCUGAGUGUGACAUAUAAUUAAGCAGUCAAAAGCCUGACCUAGUGCUUAGGAAUAUAUUUGUAAUUCCUCUUAGAUUUGCCAUCAGACUAUAGCCUGAUGCCUAAGAGGAGUGAAAACUGGGAACAUGUUUUCUUCACUAUCCCGCUCUGCCCAUAAGACAGGCCUGGGAAGGGGAGAGAAAUUUAUCCUAAGCUGUCAUUGUGAGUUGCAUGUGAUGUGAUGGUCCUCUCUCUCAACUUCCCGGCAGUCCUCACCGUAAUCCCGUGUGGGCGGUGUUAAGGUCUCCAUUGUAUAGUUGGGGAAACUGAACCUGACCCGGGCAAUACCUUGCCAAAGGCCAUGCAUUCCAGAAGUGGAGCUGUAACCAAAGCUCGUGUAUCUUCAAAGAUUAUUCUCCCCCUAUUGCAUCUUCCAGGUCAAUGGAAAUGCCCCCACAUCAGGCCCUGUGGUCCUCCACCAUGCCUUGCCCUCCUAUGCCCAAUGGACUUAAUAGUAAAACAAUCAGACCCAUUGGCUUCCCAGAGAGAAGCAUGAUUCCUGUGUCAGCUGCUCCAUGCGGCUAUUCAGUGGGUCCUACCUGUACCUUUGAGUGACUUCACAAUCCAGCUGUCAGUGGCAGAAAAUGAUGCCACAUAAGUUUUUCACCUUGUUCAUGGUGGAAUCCAUUAGCUCUUGGAGCUUCGUGUGGCUGCAGAUAAUCCCACAAGCGCCCCUUGUGCUUCUCUCUGCACCCCCCCACACACCCAAACAUAUCCAAGAUCUCCUGUCAUUGAUUUAUCCAAACAAAUUUAAUUGUCCUUCCUGAUUCUGGUCUUUUGUCUCUAGAUUGUACCUUUAUUUCAGGCCUUGGAAAUCCUGCAGAGAUGGUAUGUCUGUCGGCAGAAACAUUCUUUGGGAGGCCAAACGCUCACAACAGUUGUGUUUCUCUUCCUCAAUAUUAAAAAGAUCACAGUUCCCCAGUGAAAGUCAACUAAUCUGGUAACUGGGCCCGAUUUCCUCUCUGAAUACUUUUCCAAGGGAAGGGAGAGCAGCUCCACCCUCCAUGUUCCCGUGAGGGUUAAGAAUUCACACGGGAGGACCACUUCCGACACGGGAGGAUCACUUCUAAGAUGGGUGGCAGCCAUGUUCCAAGCAUCAGAGAUCUCACAGUUGGAGACACAAGGCAGGCUCUGCCCCACCUUAAAAAUCACCUUAGAAGGAUGGGCCUACUUCAUCAGAUCUGUCAAUCAUUUCCUGUUUUAAAGAGAACAAUGCUCUCUCUAUGUUGCUUUCAAUGGGAUAUGGCUAUUCUUCUUUUCCUUUUUCUUUUUUUCUUUCUAAUGUAGCAGUGAUGGAAAACAUCCAUCUCUGCAGAACAGAUUGAGGUUUCCAGUGAUGUGAGCCCAUUGUAUUUGAUUUUGUAUUAUAUUUUCUUUAACCCCCUUUAAUGGCAUAGAAUUCUGGUGCCUUGCUCCCUGAAUUUGUCUCCAUGCUACAAGUAGGCUUUCUUCACAUUCUGGCUUACACGGGAACACGACUAUUCCACAAGUGGCCUUUAGUGCUCUUUAUAAUAUGAUUUCCUGUAAUUUUUAAACUGUAUGUGUAAUUUCUAUUCUGGCUCUGUCCAAUAUUUGAACAACUUUACUAGGUUGAUUUCCAUAUAUAUUAUGCAAACACUUCUUACCUGAUUUUUUAUGUUCUAUCUUAAAACAAAUACUGCACCACUUAUUAAUAAAUAGACAUUUCAAUGAUCACGGG